AUGGUGCCCCCAGUUCAGGUCUCUCCGCUCAUCAAGCUCGGCCGAUACUCAGCCCUGGUCCUCAGCAUGGCCUACGGCGCCAAGCACUAUAGUUACCUAAAGCCCCGGGCAGAGGAGGAGAGGAGGGUGGCAGCAGAGGAAAAGAAGAGACUAGAUGAGCUGAAACGGAUUGAAAGAGAACGGGCAGAAGCUCAAGAUGACAGCAUACUCAAGUGAAGCGCCAGUGAGCUUGCCUUUCUUAAGUCGCUGAGGAUAAAUAAAGCUUUGUCGUGUGAAAAAAAAAA